GCUGUGUGUUUUCUACCAACUGAUCUGUUGAAUUGGUUGCAAAUAACAUGAACAAGCUGAUAAAUCAUAUUUAAUAAAAGCCAAAUUGGGUAAUUCAUCUCACACACUAUAUGGAGAAAAGUACUGGGCUUUGAAUUCAGGUGUUUUCAGGUGUAUACGACCAAGCACCAAACAUGCAGUCUGCCUUUAAAAGCAUUUGAGAAAGAAUGGGUUAACUAAAUCAGAGCGUGGUGCUGUAAUAGGACGCCACCCCUGCAACAACUCAGUUACUGAAAUUUCCUCCUUCUUAGAUAUUCCACAAUCAUCUGUAAUUUGUGAUAUGUGACGUGAUAAGAAGUGGAAGCUUUUAGAGAUCACGGCAACUCAGGUGUAAAAAGUUACAGAGCUCGGUCGCUGCUGAAGUGGACAGUGUGGAAAAGCAGCCAACUCUGUGUUGGCUCAAUGACUGCAGAGCUACAAGCCUCGGCUAGCAUUAACAUCAGCACAGAGACCGGGUGCUGGGAGCUUCAUAGCGCAGGUUUCCAUGGUCCAGAAGCACCUGUAGAUGUAAUGUGUAGGCAGUUUUGUCCACAUAGUGCUUUAGUCAGACCUACACUACCUUCUACUAUGAUUAUAGUGCCUGUUUCAGUUAAGAGAAAAUAUUAAUGCAACAGUUGUGUAAAGGUUGAAAAAGCGAGUUAAAAUCUCGUUCUUACUUACAGACUGUUUGCGUCAAUCUAACCAAUAAUUCAAGAACUCUCUGGAUGGAUUGUUUGUAAGUUGUUGCAGUCCACGAAUUCAACAGCCCAUUAGCAAUAACAUUAUUUGUAGGUGCAGUGCUGAUUGGUUAUAAAGUGGGCUUCAAAAGGAAGAAAACUGCAUCGGAGAUUUUAAAAAGCAGCACAGAUCUGACUGCAGUGGGCAGUUUUCAUUGUUUUUAGCACUGAGUUUCACUUCACUAGUUCUUUUGACUGCACAACUUCUGUGGUCUCCUCAGCAGCUAAAGAUCCAAAAACAGACAAACCAGAGUAGCCCACAGGCAAACUGACACUGUCCCCAUGUGACAGUACACAGCGACACACACAACACACAACCGUGCAGAUUAUUUCAGUGCAAUAGCAGUGAUCAUCAUCCUUCAACCUAACGUCAUUCCUUAUUUUUCCCCUCACUGUCCACGCCCCAUCUGGAGUGGCUCCACACCCAAAGAGACUUUUGAAGCGGUGUGUGGGAGGCAUUAUGAUCCCAAAAUAGUUUUCACACAGACUUGAUCUUGAUGACAUGUUUUAUUUUCUUAUAUUCUUGGUUUCCUGUGACAAAUGAUUGAAUCACACAUGGCACAUUUUAAACCAGCACAAUCAUUCUUACAGCUAACAGAGACGUUCUUUGAAACGAGGACAAAAAAAACCUGGAUUAUGCUCUCGUGGAACUGCUUCUGCACUCGCCUAUUCAAACCUGAAGUGUGAAAUUCCUCCUGCGCCUCAUAAUGAACCACAUACCAGUGCUGGGACUGUUGUGCCAGGAAUGCUUCGAGCCUGCACGCUUUACCAGAAACACAUAAAGGCAAUUUUCACCUCUGAGCACAGUUUCCUCAUUUCCUUGUCAGUGUGUGGCGUCAGUGCCGAGCUGCUCGAUGCUGUACCCCAGCUUUAAUCUGCUUUGGUGCCGUGCCAAACUGGAGAGGGAGGGCUUCCAGAUUCCACGUGAAGACAUGGAGACUCCACUGAAAACAGCUCUGGACGUCCCCUCGGUCAGGAGAUACAUGGUUUUCAACUCGGCUCAGUUUCAUUUUAUAAUGGCGCCGGUGCUGUAUGUGGUUUUGUGGUGUGCCGUGUUUUCCACCCUACAUCUCUACAUCACCGUUAGCGACUACUGGGUCCUCUGUCUCUCCGUCAGCCUGAUCUCCAUCGUCCUCACCACUGCCGUCAUCCUCAUCCUUCACUGCAGUAACAAGGAGAUCAAUGUGAAUUUAGAUAUUCGGUUGGUCCAGGUUAACGAGAUGCUGGUGAGACACAAGCUGCUGGUGGGCGUGGCUGACUGGGUGCGAAACUGCACCGGAAACAUGAAGCUGUACUUCGUGUAUUGGGACAUGUCCCCCUGUUUGAGGGCGCUGACUGAAACUUUAGAGGAGCUCAGCUUUGCGACGACUGACACUCAGAAAAAACUGAAGAGCAAGAUGUCUCACUUCGUCCUGGUGACCAAAGUGUCGGCCGGAGAAUCAGAUGCGGAGGAGCAGGACUCCGAUGAGCAGACGCCUCUGCUGGAGAAUGGCAGCGCAGCCAGCGGCCGAUCAUCCAACCAGCAGAAGGACGCCACAGCCACCAAAAACUACAGCCUCGUCCCCGAUGCAGCUUUACCUUCUCAGGCUAAAGCCUACCAGCUCCUCAUGACCUACAGUGCGGCUUAUGUGAAGCUCCUCGUGUCUGAAAGGCUCUCAGGAUCUUCACACCACAGAGGUCAGAGGAGCCACUGCACCACAGCCCCCAUCUGCCUCUGUCAGUACAUCAAAACAAAGAUCCUUCAAUAACAACCAAAAGCAAACCAGAAACACAGAGAGCUGCUGGAAACUACACAAACUGACAUAUGGGAGAAUUUUUCUCAGGAGGCAUUAUGGAUCAAGAACAUUUUGAUUCCCAGAAGGACUUGUUUGGAGCCUCAAACUCUUCAUUUCCUUAGUUUUAAGGUUAUCGCUCUCUUGCUGCAUGUCAGCUGCUGUUUUCUUGCCUGCUCUGUUUGCACCAGCUGGAUGUUUACUCAUUUGCACGCUGCCAAACGCUGUCACUGCAGAACACAGGUCCGUCCAGCUGCUGUAAAACAAUGUUUGUCCUCCCGUGUGCAUGGCAGUCAGCCGUGGCCACUGCUUACUACUGUUUAAAUUAUUUGUACAUAUAUUAAAUACAGGUUAUUAUGACUUGACACACAGUAUAUGUAUAUAUGCAUUUUUCUCAAGUAGAGUUUUGAGGCAGUAACAAAAAGUAGAGUUUUGAGGCAGUAACAUAUUUCCAUAUUAUGUUACUGCUCUGUCUCACUACAUUACUCCAACCCUAGGCAAUCACACUUUGUAAUUUUAGUAAUUGUUAAAUUGUUCUUGCAAGUCCAGACAAUCACAUAUUCCACACGUAUUAAAACCGAUCCAUAUUUUUAUCAAAAA